GUGUCAGUACUAUAAGUUUUGCGCCCAAAUAUACACCACAUGUUUAAGUAUAGGCAUUUUCUUAAGGAUUUGGUGUAAUUUGAUUUAAUUUGUUUAAAAAACGUGGAUUCUUAAACUUUAAAUGUUUCAAAGAUUUUCAUCUUAAAAAAGAUCUUUUCAAUGUUUUAAUUUUUAAUUUUAACUUUUUUGAGGAGUGUUGUUAACGUUGAUAUUUUAUUGUAUUUUAUCUAACAAGAAUUUCACUUGUGAGACUCUUCACCAGCAUUACACUGCCUAGAUUUCUGCGAACAAUUAUUUAAUAUUAAAUCAAGAUGCUGGAAAUCAAUCAGGGGUAAUAUUUUUAAAAAUAAUUGGCGAAAAGACAUUGUUGUUAUAUAAGCUUUUUUUUUUUUUUUUUUUUCGGGUUUCAGAAAAAUUUAGUUAUACUAAAGGAAAUGAUUUCCAUUUUAGACCUCCUCAAAGUUUGUGUACCUUUAUUUUAGCGAAAAAUGUGGAAAAAUCAAAUUUUAUUUAAUGUGUACAGAAGUGUGCAAACCGAAGCUUAAACUGUUAUUUAUUUCUAAGAUUAAAUUGAUUAAAAUUGAAUGUUGAAAAUUUAUUAUUGUUGAUAACUUGGGUAACGAAAUCAACCUUAACUAACUUUUAUAAAUACUAAUAACCAGUGUUUCCUUUAAUAAAUUAAAUUGUACCAAGAAAGAAUUGUGCAGGUUCCUUUCUCAGUAUGAAAUCAAACAACAGAAAACUUUAAUACCACGAAAAUAUGAAAUUUGAAUGCUACAGAUUGUACUUAUUUUUUAUUAUUCUAGAACAUGUGAAAAUAAAACAACAGCGAAAUAGAAAGAGAAUCUUUAACCAGUUGAUCAAGUAUGAAUAUAUGUACUCUCUAAUUUUACAGAUGUCAAUAUUAAGCUGGAUCAAGGGAAAAACAGUAGGAUCAACUAUGGAGAAAAGCAUGGAAAAGUUGGAAGAUUUCGGAUACUAUUUUGAUAAAGAUGGCGUAUUAAAAAAUCUUGAUGGUAGUGGCAAAGGGUUUAUCUUUCAAGUAUAUUCAUCACAAAGAGAAAAUCAAUUGAGAUACGAACGUUUAGGAAAUGUUGUAGAUAAACAUAUAUUUCAACUUUUGGAAAAAGAAGCAAAGUUGCAACGAAUAACCAUACCGAUUGAUGGUAAAAAAGGUAGCAGAGGUUUCAUCUUCGCAUCAACUGGUUAUAAAAAAGCAGAAAAAUUGCUUCUGCUUGUACACGGUAGUGGUGUAGUUCGCGCUGGACAAUGGUCGCGUCGACUGAUUAUUAACAAUUCACUCAAUAAAGGAAGUCAACUACCUUAUAUCCAGAAAGCUAAACAACUUGACUUUGGAGUACUUGUAUUAAAUUCAAAUCAGAAUCAUGAUGACCGUGGAGAUACUAUUCAGGGAAGCGAGACACCAGAGAAGCAUUUUCAUUAUGUGUGGAAACAUUUCGUAGCUUCAUCGAAAGCUAAACACGUGGCGAUUGUUGCUCAUAGUUACGGCGGCGUGAUCACUGUACACGAAGCUGCAAUCAACCCGGAAAUGAGAAAGAGAACUUUUGCUGUCGCCUUCACAGAUUCGGUGCAUGGUUACAUGGGUGCAAUGGGAAGCGAGAAAAGAGAGUUUUUCGAUUGGAUGAACAAGAGAGUGUGUAACUGGGUAUCCAGCAGAGAACCGCUAGACGAACGUUUGGGUUCCCGUCAAGAUGACUGCGUAAGAAUGUCAGCAGGUACUCCUGUGCACGAAGAAACAUCGUGGAAAGCCUUUGACUCUGUUUGGCGGUUUAUCGAAGAAAAGCUAUCCGAGCGAUUGAGUCAACGUCAAGACGGGAGUGUCGACAGACAGAAGAUGCAGAAUCCACGUCAAGACGCGAGUAAGGGUAAGUUGACGGCGAAGAGACAUGAUGUACAUCAGCAGGAGAUUGACAAAGAAAAUGUUCGACAAAGUAGAGUUCUGACAAGAAAAGGUGCUGACGUCAACAAUAAGGCAAACAGCCAGACUACUGUUUCCUCUUCUCGUGGACAAAAACGCAGCUAUGCAACUGUUUGCAAAACAAUUUCCAUGAAAGCAGCGGACUGCAACAAUGUUAAGAAGCGGAUUGAUGACAAAUGUAGUCCGGGUGUGCCCCGGACGAUUUCUGAACGCGCUAUCCCAGAUACAUGUGAAAAGAAACUAAUAAACAACAAAGUCGACGAUGUUAGAAAAGACGCGACAUGUCCAGUUGUCGGUGAAGGGAAAGAGAGCAGCAAAGUGGACGAUGGUAAAAAAGACGCGACAUCUCCAGUUGUCGCUGAAGGGAAAACGAACAGCAAAGUCGACGAUGUUAGAAAAGACGCGACAUCUGCAGUUUUCGAUGAAAGUAAAGCGGACAGCAAAGUCGACGAUGUUAGAAAAGAGAAAACAUCCUCAGUUGUUAGUAAAAGAAGAUAUACGACAUCUCCAGUUAUCAGUGAAAGGAAAGAGUGCAGCAAAGUCGACGAUGUUAGAAAAGACGCUACAUCCGGAGAUGUCGGGGGAGUGAAAAGGAGCAGCAAAGCCGACGAUGUUAGAAAAGACGCUACAUCUGGAGAUGUCGGGAAAGUGAAAAAUCCGACUUCCUUUGAAAUUGCUAAUAAAGAUAAAAAAGUUGAAGCGGAGGGUGAAUGGACGGUAGUUACGAAGAAGGGCGCUAAGAAAAAGCCAUUAAAGUCUGGUGACUGUGACAGGACGAAAAUAAACGAGAAUGAGAACAGAGGUGGCAAAAAAAGUAAUAAGAAGCAGUCAGGAAAAAAAAAGUCUGUAAAGUAAUUCCUCCCAUACUAGGCAUAGCUUAUUAUUUAGCAAGGUAUCCGUUAAAAAUGUGUAAGGCUAGCUUGAUCUCACUUUCACAGAUUUGCAACAGUAAAUAAACACUUCAUCCCACAAACACUUUAUUUUAAAAUUUGUAGAAAAUGUGUUGAAAUUUUUAGAUGUCACUUAUAUUAUGCUUAUUUUGCUGACCAUGUUUUUUUUCGCCGACUUUUCUUGACCGUGAUGUUGCGAAAAUAGGAAAUUUCUGAACAAGAAAUUUUUUACGCUUUUUCGAAAAAUUAAGAGCUUGAUGAGCUAAUUUUCAAAAACUACGUUUGUUUUUGUAUUUUCUCUUUCUGAAAAAAAUGUCGUUCAGUGAUCAUCUUAAAUUUGAUUCGAACAGAAGUUAAAGCUGAAGAAGGAUGGGUAUGUGAAGAAUUUUAUUACUAUUUAGAAUCAUAAUUUAUAGAAAGAAAUAGAGAUCUU